AGAAGUAUGUCCAAGAAGGUUGCAACAGCGGGAAACAAGUUCCGUACUUCUCUCGGUCUCCCGACCUCCGCGGUCAUGAACUGCGCUGACAACACCGGAGCGAAGAACUUGUACAUCAUCGCCGUCAAGGGAGUGAAGGGACGCCUGAACAAGCUCCCUGCCGCCACCGUUGGAUCUAUGUGCAUGUGCUCGGUCAAGAAGGGAAAGCCCGAGUUGAGGAAGAAGGUGAUGCCCGGGAUUGUUGUCAGGCAAAGGAAGACGAUCCGCCGUAGGGACGGCAUGGUCCUCUACUUCGAGGACAACGCUGGGGUGAUUGUGAACCCCAAGGGCGAGAUGAAGGGAUCAGCCGUCACUGGCCCUGUCGCUAAGGAAUGCGCUGACUUGUGGCCUCGUAUCGCCUCCGCCGCCGGCACCAUCGUUUGAGUUGUUUAUUCGUCACGCACUUAGAUAAAUUGAAAAGACAGAAACGCUCCGUCCUCGGCUUCAUCCCUGUUCUCUCUCUCUCUCUUUCUCUCUCUCUCUUCCUCUCCCUCUCCCUCUCCCUCUCGUUGUACUUCAUCCUCCUGUUCUGCCGGAGGAUGAAACCUUAAGAAGGAUCUCUUCACGAAACAUGCAGCGCUUGCUCGCCGUGAACGGCACGGAUGAGAGCGAGAGCUUCUCUUUCUUCCUGCUCCCAUGCUUCCCUCCGCUGGAUCUCCUGCAGGGAAGGAGCGACCACGUCGACACGGUUGAACCACGCGGCCCCAGAGGUCUGCUUCCUCCUGCUCUGCCUGGGGUUCCGCGCCUUCUCUUCCUCCGCCUGGAUGCUGGCGAAGCUGAUGACUUCGGGGCCGGCUUGAGGAGGAGAAGGCGAGUGAGAGGCAUAACUCCAGGACUUGGCCGAGUCCUUGGAGGAGGAGCCGGACGACACGUCCUUCUUCUUCCCUUUGGGUGUCUUGGCCACGGCGAAGUCAGCGAGGGAGAAGCCGCUGGCAGAAGAAGACUUGGCCCACGACUUGGAAGCAGACAAGGACUGGGAAGGGGAGGCAGACGGGAGCGACGAUGCUCCUCGC